AUGCACUACAGCCUACCAUACAUCCACUACACCCUACCAUACAUGUACUACACCCUACCAUACAUCCACUACACCCUACCAUACAUGCACUACACCCUACCAUACAUGUACUACACCCUACCAUACAUCCACUACACCCUACCAUACAUGUACUACACCCUACCAUACAUCCACUACACCCUACCAUACAUGCACUACACCCUACCAUACAUGCACUACACCCUACCAUACAUGUACUACACCCUACCAUACAUCCACUACACCCUACCAUACAUCCACUACACCCUACCAUACAUGUACUACACCCUACCAUACAUCCACUACACCCUACCAUACAUGCACUACACCCUACCAUACAUGUACUACACCCUACCAUACAUCCACUACACCCUACCAUACAUGUACUACACCCUACCAUACAUCCACUACACCCUACCAUACAUGUACUACACCCUACCAUACAUGUACUACACCCUACCAUACAUGUACUACAUCCUACCAUACAUCCACUACACCCUACCAUACAUGUACUACACCCUACCAUACAUCCACUACACCCUACCAUACAUGUACUACACCCUACCAUACAUGUACUACAGCCUACCAUACAUCCACUACACCCUACCAUACAUGUACUACACCCUACCAUACAUGUACUACACCAUACCAUACAUCCACUACACCCUACCAUACAUGUACUACACCCUACCAUACAUCCACUACACCCUACCAUACAUGUACUACACCCUACCAUACAUCCACUACACCCUACCAUACAUGUACUACACCCUACCAUACAUCCACUACACCCUACCAUACAUGUACUACACCCUACCAUACAUCCACUACACCCUACCAUACAUGUACUACACCCUACCAUACAUCCACUACACCCUACCAUACAUGUACUACACCCUACCAUACAUGCACUACACCCUACCAUACAUGAACUACACCCUACCAUACAUGCACUACACCCUACCAUACAUGUACUACACCCUACCAUACGUGUACUACACCCUACCAUACAUGCACUACAGCCUACCAUACAUGCAGUACACCCUACCAUACAUGCACUACACCCUACCAUACAUGCGCUAA